AUGGAAUGGAAAUUGUUGGGUAAUUGGGAGCGUGCACAUAAGCAAAUUCAUGUUUACCAACCAACAUAUACAGAAAUUUCAAAUAAUAGUAGCGGGACGAUCAACUUUCGGAGGCAAUUCAUAUCUAAAAGACGUCACGAAAAGGUACUGAUACCCCAAGCGGAAAAAAAUAGUAGAAUAUCAUUCCCUUUUCAUGCUAUCGCUUCGCCUCCACCUGAAAUCCAGGCUCAAGACCAAUUGGAUCUUGAUGUAGAACAAAAUGUGAAAAAUUCAUAUCUUAUAGAGUUAUCUUCAGUUAAGCCUUUGAACCCGGCUAUCGAGAGACUUCUCAAUGUUAAAAAAGGAAUAUCAAGAUAUAGGAUUAUAUUCUUGCCUGAAUUUCACCCUAAUGAUCCGGUUAAACGCCUGUUCACUGAAAAUGAAUGGAUAAUGAUGGAAUCUAAUUGGAGAAAGAUGCCAACGCGUCAGAAUACGCAUAUAAAAGUCGUAUCUUGGGAGGAAGUUUUUUUGGACGUUAAUGGAGUAAUCCGGAUGAAAACAUCUCGAAGAAGGCCAAGAAGACCAUCAACCUCUCUCCCUCAUCCUGUAUCUUCUUAUCCUUAUCUAGGCGGUUCAUCUCGUUUCUCUUCUGGCCAUGUAUCUGUAAGUCAUUAUUCAGAAUAUUUGGAUGAAGUUGAAACAAAUUUUGGUUGA